AUGUUAUAUGGCUUGUCGGCUCUUCGAGGAGCGCCUGCACAACAUGCCACUUCCCAGCUGCUGACGUCAAGCUUCGCCCCAACGCGAUCAUACCAAACACACCUCGUCCGCCGCCUACAAACUAGAGCAUGGGAGCCACUACGACCUCCCAAUCCCGCAGACCUUCCCAAACCGAGACCGCGAAAGGUAAAGCCGCCAUUUACCCGUCGGAAAUGGGUGCGCCGCCUCGCCAUCGUCUCUGCGCUGGUCGGUACAGGUUACCUGGUUGACACGCAAUUCUACGCUUCAUCCUUGACGCGCAGUCUACGAUGCUUUAGGACUGGGCUGUUGAUUGGAAUCGACUACAAGAUCAACUUUCGCGCCCAUCCACCGCUCGCGAAUAGCAUCGAGGAUCUGCACGCAAGGAACGCGCAGAGGAUAUUCGAUCUGCUGCGACACAAUGGCGGGCUGUACCUGAAGAUUGGCCAGGCCAUCGCAAUGCAGAGUGCGAUCCUACCACCCCAGUUUCAGAAGAUGUUCGCCAAGAUGUUCGACGAUGCGCCGCAGAAUGAGUGGUGGGAGGUCGAGAAGGUUAUACAAGAAGACUUUGGGAAGAGCGUAGAAGAAGUGUUUGGCGUGAGUCUCGUGAAAGAAGAAGGCAAGGGGAUAAUGGAGAAGACAGCAAGAGCAAGUGCGAGUGUGGCGCAAGUACAUUGGGCGAGACUGGCAGACGGAAGGGAGGUCGCGAUCAAGAUCCAGAAGCGCGAGAUUGCGCAACAGGUCGGAUGGGAUCUGUGGGCUUUCAAGGUGGUGACCAAGGUGUAUACAUGGUGGUUCAAAAUUCCUGUUUACACCAUGGUACCGUACAUCUCGGAGCGCUUGAUGCUGGAAACCGACUUCGAGAACGAAGCCGACAAUGCGGAGGAAAUGAGGCGUCUGGUGUCAGGCGAGAAGAGGCUGAACGGCCGGGUCUACAUACCACAAGUAUAUAGGGAACUGUCGAGCAAGAGAGUCAUGACAGCUGAAUGGAUCGAAGGCGUCCGGCUGUGGGAUAAGGAGGGCAUUGUGAAUACCUGGAAAGGCGGCUGGCAUCAAGGCAGCCCUGGUGCAGGUGGAAACAAGCUGCCACCCAUUCCUCAUAGGAAUGUCAAAGUUGACACAAAUUCUCCAGAAGACGCUCCGAAAAACGACUUCUAUAAGCCCGACCGUACCUACUGGCAAGGUAAAGACGGCAAAGGCGGCCUCGGCGUCUCGCUCAAAACCACAAUGAACACUAUUGUCGACCUCUUUUCCGCACAAAUGUUCCUCUGGGGCAUCGUACACUGCGAUCCCCACCCAGGGAACAUAUUCAUCCGCCGGCUACCUAGCGGACAGCCCGAAGUCGUCCUCAUCGACCACGGCCUCUACAUCCGCAUGAGCCCUGAGUUCCGACACCAAUACUCCCUAUUCUGGAAGUCGUUACUCGCCUUCGACAACGAGACGAUACAAGAAAUAGCGACGUCCUGGGGUGUUGGACACGCGGAUAUAUUUGCUUCCGCGACGCUCAUGCGGCCGUAUCAGGGUGGUGAUAAUAGCGUGCUGAAAGAGCUCCGGAAGGGGCCCAAGGGCAAGGACCAGGCAGAGAGAGCCUUUGAAAUGCAAAGCAAAGGCCGCGACGCCGUCAAACUCCUGCUGGCCGACGACAAAAAAUGGCCGCGCGAACUCAUUUUUAUCGGUCGCAAUCUACGCAUCGUUCAGGGAAACAACCAGUUCCUUGGCUCACCUGUGAAUCGCAUCAAGAUCACGGGCUUGUGGGCGAGCAGGGCGCUGACGGAGAACAAGGACCUUGGCGUUGGGGAGAGGUGGACGAAUUGGCUCAAGCAUGUGCGAUUCAGGGCUGUAUUAGCGUUGAGUGAUGUGGUCUUCUUCUGGAGUAAGGUGAGACAGUGGGUGGGUGUGGGGAGGGGCAUGGAGGACGACAUUGAGCAGAAGAUGAAGGUCAUGGCGAAGGACUUUGGCGUCGAGCUGAACCACGGCCCGAACCGAGGCCUGUACUGUAGCGCGCGGCUUCUUGCGGGGAACGCUUACUAUUCAUUUAUUCUCUAUCGUUCAUUCUCGACGUCAACAUCAACAUCAACUUUCAUUACCUGGGAAGUUUUGCCAGUAGCUUCUAGUCACUGUUUCAACCGCCCCAAAGCCCUAAACUCCUUCGGUGGCAACCUGAUCCCCGACACCAUCGCGGCCCUGCGCACGCUCAACGAGCACCCUGACACCGUCUUCACCGUCAUCACAGGCGAAGGGCGGUUCUUCUCCGCGGGCGCAGAUGUAAAAGGGAUUGCGGGGGCAAGUGAGCCAACAGAGUAUAAGAAUGCAGCCGAGAAGAAGCUGGCCUACCUGGCCAAGUUCAACUACGCAACCGAACUCCUCCGCUCCAUGAUCGACCACAAAAAAGUCCUCAUCCUCGCGCUCAACGGCCCCGCCGUCGGCGGCGGCGCAGCCUGGUUCCCGGGCAUCGCAGACAUUGUCCUAGCCUCGUCCACGGCGUGGCUACAAUGCCCCUUCUCAGCCCUGGGCUUAGUACCCGAAAACGGGUCCGCACUCUCGUUCGCGCAGUCCAUUGGGAUCCACCGCGCCAACGACUUUCUCAUGUUUGGUCGCAAGUUGAGUGCGCAGGAGCUGUUGGAGGCCGGGCUGUAUAAUUAUGUGUGGGAGGUGGAGAGUGGGGAGGCGUUUCAGGAGAGGGUGGUUGGGUUCUUGCAGGGCCAGUUGGAGGGGAACGAUGGGAAGAGUAUGAUGGAGAUGAAGAGGUUGCAGAAUGCGCCGAUACGGGAUGCGAGGUUGAUUGCUGUGGUUAAUGCUGUGGAUGCGCUGGCUGAGCGGUUCGUCGAGGAUGCGCCUAUGAAGCGGUUUGAGCAGAAGAGGAGGGAGUUGGAGGAGAAGAGUAAGACUAGGGCGAAGAUAUGA